CCUCAGGCUCUAUCUCGUGACUUUUGAAGGGCGUCAUGCGCGUUGAGUUUGGCAGAGGCGUCGGCGGCUUAAGCUUAAGCCUAAGGCGCUUGCUUCGGAAAACAAGCAAGAGUGAUUGUUACUGUGAACAAAGACGUUGAGUUUGGCUGUUAGAUUUGGCGCGCCAGGCCCGUGCUCUUGCAGAAAGGAUGGUACGGCGAUUGGGCGAGUCUUGAAACGGAAUGCUCCUUGAGCCAGGGCUGGUGAGGCAUUGCCCUGAUGUUCUGAAGACUCUGAAUAGUACCAAUUGAUAGGUCAGGGAUUUGAGCAGGAGCUAUCCAGUUAUCUUCUCUAAUAUAUCAUUUGAGGGCAAGUGAUCCAGCUGAUCCAAGCAGUGUAAAAACAGUGACGAAAGGAGUCAGCACCACCGUUGAUCUUUGUGCAUCACUGAGAAGGUGGGUGUUUAUUAAAGUCGUCCAAUGCAGCAAAUUAUGAGGCUGCCCUUGGACGACCGUGCUCAUUGAGAUUGAGAAGGGAAGGGAAAUCUGUCGGCGGAGGCGUGAGUGGCUAUGAGUGCCCCAGGGAGACCUCGCAAAGAGCGCAGGGUCAGCUAUGUCAUUGGCCAAGCGCACGAGAAUCAGCACUGCUCGGGUGUCACCGCGUUGCUCGAUAAAGUUCCCGCGGCUGGGGGCGGACACACCCUGUUCAGCGCCGGAAGAGAUGGGACAGUUCGCCGGUGGCAGGACGCAGAUGGUGCCAAUCCGACUUGGAGCGCAACGUUCGAAGCGCACACCGACUGGGUGAAUGACAUUGCGCUGGUGGGCGAGGACCGUCUGGUGUCGGCGUCCUCUGACACCACCAUCAAGGUUUGGAACGCAUCCUCCUCGGGGGAAUGCUUGCAGACCUUUCGCGAGCAUUCCGACUACGUGACAUCCUUGGCUGCGGCGAAGCAGGUUCCUGUAGUUGCCUCGGCUGGGCUUGGGUGUGAGGUAUUUGUUUGGGACCUCGAAGCGGCCCUUCGCCCGGUUGUGCGGGCUGCCCCGGACCCUGCCCCUUCGCCCCUCCCUGCGGUCCCUGCCCCUGGGCUGGCGUCCUCCACUCGCACCGCCCCCCCUUUGGCGCGCACCAGCAGUGCCCCUACCCCAGGCCCUCUCGCUGGCUCCCUGCAUGGUUCCGGUGCUGUCCCGGCUCUGGAGGGGCCGCGCCUGAGCAGCAGUGGGAGCGCGGCAGGGGCCAGCGGCAGCGGCGAGGGGUACCGGCCCGUGGCGUGCAAGGGGCACAAGCAGUCGGUGUAUGCGCUGGCCAUCAACGAGGCAGGCACCCUGCUGGUCUCGGGCUCCACCGAAAACGCGAUCCGUGUGUGGGACCCCCGCAGUGGCCAGAAGCAGUUCAAGCUGCGGGGCCACACCGACAACGUGCGUGCGCUCGUGCUGGAUCCUUCCGGCAAGUUCUGCCUCUCAGGCUCCUCAGACGCCAUCAUCAGGUUGUGGGACUUGGGCCAGCAGCGGUGCAUCCACUCGUACGCGGUGCACACCGACUCGGUGUGGGCGCUGGCCGCCAACUCCGCCUUUGACCACGUCUUCAGUGGGGGCCGGGACGGUUGUAUAUAUUCGACGGACUUGUCGUCCCGCGAGAGCGUGCUGCUGGCGGUCGAGCCGCAGCCCGUUCUGGCCAUUGCGCUGGCGGAGCGCGCCCCGUCCCCGCCAUCUCUCUGGGCCUCCACCCCCGCCAGCGACCUCCACCGCUGGCCCGCCGCCAGCCCCGCGGGGGCCCCCUCGGCGGUGCGCCGUGCCUCCUCCUUCGUGGCGGGCAGCCUCGCCAUCACCCGCGCGAGGGCCUCCGUUGACGGGUCGGCAGCCCCAGUGCCGGUGGCGAGUCGUCCCCUGGCCACCAUCGCGGGCAGCCCCGCCAUCGUGCAGCACGCGGUGCUCAACGACCGCCGCCACGUCCUCACCAAGGACAGUGCGGGCGAGGUGCAGCUGUGGGAGUUGACGCGCGGCCAGGUGGAGCAAAGCUACGGCCAGGUUGACUUUGAGCAGAAGGAGAAGGAGCUCUUUGAGAUGGUGUCGGUGGCGUCGUGGUUCACGAUGGACACGCGGCUGGGCAGCAUCAGCGUGCACCUGGAGACGCCGCAGUGCUUCGCGGCCGAGAUGUACGCAACCGACCUCGCAAUGCCCAACGUGUCCGACGAUCUGAAGCUCAACCUGGGCGAGUACACCCUGCGCGGUCUCUUCUCCCAUUGGCUGGCCGGCCGGCGCGAGCGCGAGAAGCGGCAGCCGCCCCCCGACCCUGCCCCCCAGGACAGCCCGUCCGCGCCUGGGGACUCCCCCGGUCCCCCCACCCCCGACCCCCAGGACCGCCGCCAGUCGGAUAGCCAGCCCGAGGCGGGCCCGGCGAGCCUGCCCCCAGCCUUCCAGUUCUCGAGUGCCGCGCCGCCGUCCAUCAUGACGGAGGGCGCGGAGGGGGGCCCCUGGCGGCGGCGCGCCACAGAGCUGACGGGGGACGAGGGCGACGAGAGCAUACCAGGCUGGGCUAGGGAGGCGCUUCAUGGGAAACUGCCGCAGCGGGACCAGGCCAAGUGCAGCUUCCACCUGGUGCCCGUGGAGGGGUCCGGCCUCAAAGCCUUGACGCAGGGCAAGCUCAGCGCGCCGCGAAUACUCCGGGUACACAAGGUAACGAACUACGUGAUUGAGCGGUUGCAGCUAGACGUGCCGUCGGCAUUGUCAGAUUCAGGGCCGCCGGACGCGCAUCCCGGCGGAGCCUCCAGCAAUGGAAGCGUCGACACGGGGCAGCCGGAGAGAGCGCCCACAAAGUCGACGCGGGUGGAGAUACUAUGUAACGAUCAGGUACUUAAGCCGGAGUGGAGCCUCGCAACAGUGAAGGCCUAUGUCUGGAAGAAGCCUGAAGAUCUCCUUCUUCAGUAUCGCACGGUUGUUGUUGCAGCCUAGAGAUACGGCUAUGGAACAGGGCGGGUCAUCACCAAGUGACCCUCCGCCAAUGUAAAUGUUGGGCAGUUGUACUUAUGUUUAUAGAGUCCAUCCGGAACGUCAAGCUGCAGCACCUGCUGCAUUGCUUCCGGUUGAAUGCAACUUCAUGUUUGGAAGUUUGCGGGCACCUGCCGCGGCAGUCCCGCAUUCCCGCCGUGCACAAUUGAAGGCGGCACUGUGAGAUUUGUGACGCCUCGGUGACCAAUCCGGCCGGUUGUGAAAGGUGAUACCAUGUGAACAGAUUUGCGACAUAACAUGCUGGAAGGGGUCAGGCGCAGGGUAACGUGGUAAGAGGCCACUAUGAUAUGGUGUAAGAUCUCGUGACAUCUGUGUAACUGAGCUGCCGCACGGUUGCACUCUUUAUCAUGGAUCCUUAUGUAAGGAUUCGACCAUAUUCUACCGC